AUGAAAAGUUUUCCAGAAGGAAAAGACUUAAAAUUCGAUUUUGGUACCGCAAGAAAUGAAUUAAGAGAAAAUAUUGUUUCCAAAUGGAUUCGUCUCAACGGACAGUUUAACUCUAAUCAUGCCUUAAAUCUUCCGGAAGCAACUCAAUUCAUCAAAAAAGGAGCCGAAAGAACAGUUAUGGACAAACAGAAAAUAGAAUCGAUUGUCAAAGACGGAAAUAUAGAUGAUUCGAAAUUGAUUUAUCAAUGGAAUUCGGGUCUGAAAUCUGAUUCAGACUUCGAAUAUAAAACAAAAUCUCCGCUACUUGAAAGGAACAUUCAAGGAAGUUCUAACAAACUGGCAAAAAGACCAAUUCCUCUUCACAUAGCUUCACAUUAUUUUAAGUUAUCCGAAGAAAUUGGAAGAUAUUUCCACGAUCAAUUUAAAAGAGAAUCGAAAAAUCCAAAGGAAAGAAUGAAUCAAAUUGGGUCGAAUGACGAAAAAAAGGACUGUCAUUCAUCUAAUACAACAUCAUUAUAUUCGGAAAUUAAUGGGCCUAAUGCAUCAAUAGCAGGCUAUGGUGUCGGCCUGCAAACAGCGCCAUCCAAUUACCAAUCUCAGCCAGCAAAUACCGUCGAAAAGAUCCCUGAAAUGCAAAAGGAUUCAUCAUCUUCGCCAUAUGAUGCCGUCAAUGUGAAACCGAGCAGUGAAGUUGAACCACAAUAUGCCCCCUUAGCAGCUGUUGAAAAGGAAGAGCAGGAAAAAAACGGUCUUCCAGUGCCAGGCAGGUGUCCACCACUUAAUCCGUUGCUGCACUCAUUACCACAUAAUGAUACUGAUAAAAGUUGUGGACAAACUUUAGAAGGUUCUGCAAAUGAUCCUGACUGUGUUUGUGUAUAUUUGCUAGCUGAACGCAAUGAGGAAGGAUGUGCAAGUAAAUUUUAUACGCUAUGUUAUCGAUACAUGAAUCAGAGUGUUGAUCAUGAAACGGGAAAAGAAUCAUUCAGUCCACAAGUAGCCGAAACAUCUAAUGGACAAAACAUCGAAAUAUACUCCAGCGGACAAGAAAAACAGGUCAAUAAUUAUAAUCAACAAUCGGUAAAUGACUAUAAACUAAAGCUAAGGCGACAAUCUGGAAAAAUAGAAUUACCGGCAGAGAUUGACAAGAAAGCCAAUCGAACAGUUCUCUUAGACCGAGAAUCUGAAUCAAAGAAAGAUGAAGUGCAAUCGACAACAACAUUGUCCGAAACUUCGAACAUGCACGAAUCUUAG